UAAGCCGUACCCCCCUCAACCCAAGCUCUCACGCCUAGCCGCUGUCGGGCCCAAAGCCGUGAGCGCUUCUCUUUCUUGUUCUCUCCGCGCCUCCUCUCUCUCAAUCUCCCAUGGCUUCGAUCUCCGGCGUUUGCUCGCCUUCUUCCACUCUCCGCCCCCGCCGAUCUCUCCUUUCCUCCAAAUCACUUCGCCGGGAUACGAUAUCGCUGCCGAUUGGCCCCUCCGUUCGCCUCCGCCACGCCCGGCCGCCUCAGUCCAUCGCGGACCUUUCCCGAUCCACAGACGGCACCAGCGCCGCCGAGGCGCCGGUGGAGAAGAAGGUGGGGGCCAUCGAGAAGGACCCCAUCAACCUCUGGCACCGGUACGUGGACUGGCUCUACCAGCACAAGGAGCUGGGACUCUACGUCGAUGUCAGCAGGAUUGGGUUCACGGACGAGUUCUUUGAGCGGAUGGAGCCGUUGCUCCAGAAGGCGUUCCGGGCGAUGCAGGAUCUUGAGAAGGGGGCGAUCGCGAACCCCGAUGAGGGGAGGAUGGUGGGGCACUACUGGCUGAGGAGUCCGAAGCUCGCGCCAAACUCGUUCUUGAGGUUGCAGAUCGACAAGACGCUUGAUGCAAUCUGCAACUUCGCUGAUGAGAUCAUCAGUGCCAAGAUUAAGCCUCCGUCUUCUCCAGCUGGUCGCUUUACCCAAGUGCUUUCCGUGGGAAUUGGAGGUUCAGCUCUAGGGCCUCAGUUUGUUGCCGCGGCACUCGCCCCUGACAAUCCUCCUCUCAAGAUAAGAUUUAUUGACAAUACUGAUCCAGCUGGAAUUGAUCAUCAAAUUGCACAACUUGGUCCUGAGCUAGCAUCAACACUUGUAAUUGUGAUAUCAAAGAGUGGAGGCACCCCUGAAACCCGGAAUGGUCUGUUGGAAGUACAGAAAGCCUUUAGAGAAGCUGGGCUAAAUUUCUCAAAACAGGGUGUUGCAAUCACUCAAGAAAAUUCCCUAUUAGAUAACACAGCUAGGAUAGAGGGCUGGUUGGCAAGAUUUCCUAUGUUUGAUUGGGUGGGUGGCAGAACCUCAGAAAUGUCUGCAGUUGGUUUGCUUCCGGCCGCACUUCAGGGCAUUGACAUUAAUGAAAUGCUUGUUGGUGCAUCAUUGAUGGAUGAGGCAACUCGGACAACUGUGGUGAAGAAUAAUCCAGCAGCCUUGCUUGCUUUAUGUUGGUAUUGGGCUUCUGAUGGAGUGGGAUCCAAGGAUAUGGUUGUACUUCCUUACAAGGAUAGCCUGCUACUCUUUAGUAGGUAUUUACAGCAGUUGGUCAUGGAAUCACUUGGAAAAGAAUUUGACCUUGAUGGAAAUCGGGUUAAUCAAGGACUCACUGUGUAUGGAAAUAAAGGAAGCACUGAUCAGCAUGCCUACAUUCAACAACUGAGAGAAGGGGUCCACAACUUUUUUGUUACAUUCAUUGAAGUAUUGCGUGACAGACCCCCUGGUCAUGACUGGGAACUUGAACCCGGAGUUACUUGUGGCGACUACUUAUUUGGAAUGCUACAGGGAACCCGUUCAGCCCUUUAUGCAAACAACCGUGAGUCCAUCUCUGUAACAGUUCAAGAAGUGAAUCCUAGAUCAGUAGGAGCACUGAUAGCACUUUAUGAACGGGCUGUUGGGAUUUAUGCAUCUCUGGUAAACAUCAAUGCCUACCAUCAGCCUGGUGUAGAAGCUGGGAAAAAGGCAGCAGCAGAAGUAUUAGCUCUUCAAAAAAGAGUUCUGGCUGUGCUAAAUGAGGCCAGCUGUAAAGAACCUGUUGAGCCAUUGACAAUUGAUGAAAUUGCAGAUCGCUGCCAUGAACCUGAACAGAUUGAAAUGAUAUACAAGAUAAUUGCUCAUAUGGCUGCAAACGACAGAGCACUCAUAGCCGAAGGCAGCUGUGGUUCCCCUCGAAGCAUCAAAGUUUUUCUUGGAGAGUGCAAUGUAGAUGAGUUGUAUGUGUAAGCUUUACUGCUCGUUUUUGUAAGUUUCAACAAUUGAGACAAGGAAAAUUUCUUUGGAAGAAUAAAAUAAAUUCCAGUCACACAUCAAGGAACAUUGAAGGUAAAUUUGAACCUGUUUUGUGCUCUCUUGCUGUUAUUCAGACUAUGAGUUAGCCUAACACGCUGUAACUUGUGACAAAUAUUUUUUGAAAGGGUUAACUAAGGUGCUUUAGCUCCUUGAUAA